GCGAGCAGCAGCACUGGCGGCAGCGGGGCUCGGAUCGCUUCCCCUGAUUCCAAGCUUAACUUCCCGAGCUGCUGACGUCACUUGGCAGCCUGGGCUGUACUCGCCGCUCCAUACAUAGCGCCGAGAAAAAUGCUGCUCUCCGUACCGCCAAGGACAGGAAUCAAUCCAUACAACGGCUAUAACAGCAGAAACGGCAAAAAGGUCUAUGUGUCCUCCGGCCACCAGAUGGCGCCCCCCAGUCCCAACAGCAACAACAGUGGCGGGGGAGGGGAACAACUGAGUAAAACUAACCUGUACAUCCGUGGUCUUCACCCCGGGACCACAGACCAGGACCUGGUCAAGCUAUGCCAGCCAUAUGGGAAGAUUGUGUCCACGAAGGCAAUCCUGGACAAAACCACCAACAAGUGCAAAGGCUAUGGCUUCGUGGACUUCGACAGUCCGGCAGCGGCCCAGAAAGCGGUGAGCGCCCUGAAGUCCAGUGGUGUCCAGGCUCAGAUGGCCAAGCAACAGGAGCAGGACCCCACCAACCUGUACAUCUCCAACCUGCCUGUGUCCAUGGAUGAGCAGGAACUGGAGAGCAUGCUCAAGUCCUUCGGCCAAGUCAUCUCCACACGCGUCCUCCGCGACGCCAUCGGGACCAGCCGUGGCGUGGGUUUCGCCAGGAUGGAGUCCACAGAAAAGUGCGAAGCCAUUAUUCAACAUUUCAAUGGGAAAUUUAUUAAGACUCCACCAGGAGUUCCAGUGCCCCCGGAACCAUUAUUGUGCAAGUUUGCAGACGGGGGACAGAAAAAGAGGCAGAAUCAGGGGAAGUACCUUCAGAAUGGCAGGCCCUGGGCAAGGGAUGGAGAGACGGGAGGGAUGACGUUAACAUAUGACCCCACAGCCUUACAGAAUGGGUUCUAUUCGUCACCCUACAGUCUGGCCCCAAACCGGAUGAUCGCCCAAACGUCCCUCUCUCCCUACAUGCAUUCACCAGUCUCAUCUUACCAGCUACAUAGUCCCUCCUGGAUGCACCACCAGUCGUACCUCAUGCAGCCUGCAGGCACAGUCCUGACUCCAACCAUGGACCAUGCCAUGUCUAUUCAGCCCACCUCCAUGAUGGGCCCCAUGACCCAGCAGCUCAGCCACCUAUCCCUGGGCAGCACAGGCACGUAUAUGCCUGCCAACACUAUGCAGGGGACAUACAUCCCCCAGUACCAACCAGUGCCUCCCUCCAGUGUCCCUGUAGAGGAGAACGGAGGACAACAGCAACAGGUUGCUAUGGAGACACCUGCAGAACACACAAACUACUCCUACCAGCACACCAAGUGAAGCUAAGCUCGGGGUCAGGAGGCCAUCUUGCUGACUGAACCACAGAGGGUUGGUUCUCUACAAGAAGAUAACAGAGCUCUGUUUUAGCACCAGACUUGAACACCGUUGACAAAAGGAAUACGUGUGUGCUUUGAAAAAGAAGUUAACAUGCUUAUUUUGUCUGGACUUUUCCUCUCUCUUCUUCAAGAGUCAAUCAGCCAAAGGUGGAAGCCUUCUGCAAUGGAAGCUUUGAUCUCUUUUGAUAACUGAAAAAAUAAACUAAGUUGAACAAAGAAACCAAUUUGGAAAGGGGGAAAUGACACAAAGCGUUAUUUUUGUGCACGUAAAAUAACAAAUUCUUAUUUUUUAAAAGCAUUCUGGAGUUUCAGAGUGGUAAAAGGAAAGUAAUUACAACACAAUGUGUCUUUUAUUUUUUGGUAAAAUAUGCAAACUUUAAUUUGAAAUUUUUUAUGUCUGUUUUUUGACAUUCUAUUCACAGCUGUUUGACAAUAUUUUGUACAUAAAAAUAUAUACUAAUACACAUUUAGUUGGUUUAAUGUUUUAGUGUAGGAUACUUUUAAGUACGGAAAAUGCUAAACAAACCGUUUAAAGCUACUUCUCUCUAAAACUAAUCCAGUAAAAGGCAAAGUUCCGUUAACUCACUGGCAGAUGGUAACAUUCAUUAUUUAUAGAUUUAAAAUGAAGUCAAACUUUAAACCUUAUAAAGCAUUCACUCAUAAACACUCAGAAUGUGUUAUGAGCAGAGGACAAUCAUGAUCAUUCUUAUUUAUAUGUACAUCAUAGUUCUAUUUUUAGAUAUUUAGUCAUAUUCAAACAUGUCACUUGCUUUUGUGUACAUUUUAUUUAAUAAAAUUCUUUAUUUAACAAAUCUGGUAAAUGCCAAACACUGGCAAUAAACAUGAUACCACUUAGAAAAUAAUUUAUGUGUUAAAUAAGAGCUAAAUGAUUUUUAAAAAUUAAGCACAUUUGAUAUUGCUGUAAAACUUUCUUACGAGAAGAAAAUUAACUUCUUUUUUUUUAGGGUAUCAUGUAAUAUGACGCAUCCAAAUGUCACCUUCUGUCUCCAAACAUUUGAGACAAAAUUAAUUGUUAUAAUAUUAUUCAACAUUUAAUAAAUUAAUUACUAUACUAUACAAUAUUUUUAUUGGAUUUUAUUGGAUUCAUAGAUCGUAUAAUAAUAAUUAUACAAAAUAAUAAUUAUACAAAAUACUUGACUUGGUUUGUGCUAGAGUCCAUGUCACACCAGUGUCCAUAAGAAGUGGUUUUAAGCGGUUUUGUUCUGGUAGUUGUUCAGAUGUCUAUAGGGAAUUUCACCUUUUGUACAAAGUAGACAGACAAAUAAGUGGACAUGCCUUAGUUUUGAGCAGUUGGGUUACUAUGAAAUAGUUGUGCAAAAUAGCUCAAACAAAUAAAUGAAAAAGCAAAGCAAUGAGGGGAGAAGUAGGACUAAGAAGAGUCCUUAAGAGUCCUUUGUUGUUGGGAAAGGGAGCUGCAAGUCUUUCUCAAUGCUGCUGUUGUCUCCUGAGUUUUAAUUCCUGACUGUCAAUUAAUUUGAUAAAACAAUUUGUAGAAAGAAGUAAAGUAUGUUUUCUCUUUUGGGGCGUUCACUUGAACCCUUCUGAGCUGUCAUGCCUUUUGUUAUCUUUGUUGUUGAUUUAGUUGUUAUAAAAACGUGUUUUUGAUGUAUUUUAUUUUCAAAAGAUUUGAGAUUUUAACAGUAAGGAAAAAGUUUAGAUUUGAGAUUUUAUUUUAUAAGAGGUUCAUAGGAUUUUUUUUAUUGUGUUGAGUUUGUGCGUUUGCACAUGGUCCAUGCAAACUUAAGAGAUGAUAUGAUGUUUUUUUUUUAUGUUUCUUCACGUUCAUUUCCGUUCCAGAGCACUGUGUUGUUCAAUAUGAUAUUGUUUUUCAGGCCUGUGUGAAAUAGGCUUUAACUGAAACACGUCCACGUUUAUCUUGGAGACACUCAAUGACACUCAAUGGCAACCUUGCCCUCCAGCUCAGACCAGUCCAGUGGAGAUGUACAUCUAGUCUAGUGUAAAAGCAUUCUAUUGUAUCUGUCAGAGAAAAUGAGGCUGCUAUCCAGAAAACACCAAACACAAUAUGAAAGUGUUGGUGAAAAAGUGUCCCAUAACUAAUUGUUCUACAGCAGUUAACUAAACCUUGGAUGAAUUGCCAUGCGUAAACAUGGCGGAUUUCGUUAGAAAUGACGACCAAAGUAUGUCUAAGCCUUAACUGUAACCGGGCAGAUUAGCCCUAUUUAAGAAGGGGAAGCCUAUUUCUCCUCAUUGAAGGCUAUUCAGUUUCAGUUACGGUUGAUGGUUUGGCAAAGAGAAGUUCAUACAGAUGCAAUCAAUAUCAGAUGUUAUAUUGACGUAAUAUUAUACAGGGCUGAGUUGAACCAUGCCUUGUUAAAACCUAGUGUUACCCUAGUAAACAUCCCCCCCAUCACACUGGAUCUUGGGUUUUUGCCAUUCUUCAGUAUUAAUGACAUCACAUAUACUGUUUCUUCUUCCUUCCCUAUCUCUAUACCUCGGUCCUCGCCCUACAAAACGUUGUUCAUUAUUAUUUAUGUCUGCAACACCAAAGAUGAUGAAGCCAUCCACCUGUCAGCAAAGCGAUCUGUCAGAGUAUCUGUCUUGGAGAACAUGCCUCUCUCAUCCAUAUUGGCGUACAAAGCUACAGUAAUGCUACAGUAACAUCUUCGCUAAGUGGCAGUUCCCUGGUCAGUGGUGAACAAGCAAUAUGUUUCCUUUUAGGUUCUGAAUGAAUGUAUUGUUGAAUAGAGAUCCAUACAUGUGUGCUUCAUUUAUCGACAUCUGCUUGUUUCGGUUUGGUACAUCCAGCUGAAGACCAGUAUAUGCUACUGUGUCUUUAGUACAGAGAACAGGGCAAUGGGUCUACUUAGCUUUUUGAGUGUUGCUGAGGAGAGCUCAGCAUUUAUCUGUCUUUCUGUAAAUAUUAGGACUAUUUUCUGCUCUUUUCUUUUUGGUUGAACUCGUGUCAAGACCAUUGUUUGUUCCUGUUUCCACCUUUGUUGAUGUGAGUGUUUUGUUGAUGUCUUGUGAUCUGUCCAGAUAAUACACGUUUUCAGAUCCAGUGCUCCUCAUGAAGGAAAAUGUCAUGGUUUUAUUUUCUAUUGUAAUAAACUGAUAGUCCAUGUAUCAGCCAUCACUUUAAAUACAAAAAAAAAACGUGGUUUUGAAACUAUGAAAUGACCAGUUGUUACACUGCAGUCUUGUUCAUUGAAUCCGAUUUUCAGAUUUGACAACUUGCUUAUUGCUGUUUUUUGGGGAGAUCAAAUCAUUAUAUGACACUCAAUUCCUUGUGAGAAUGUAGUAUUAGUCAGGUAAUCCAUUGUGUUAUCAUGAAUGGUGUUAAAGGGAUCCAAAAUCUAUUGUUUUGUCAGUCGUCUUCAGACCUCAAAAGCGGUAUAAUGUCCCAUCUGUUCUGUAGAUCUAAAUUUCAAUUUUGGAGUGGACUUUCACUUUAAGUUACAACUCGCUACAAUGACCUGUAAAUCAUUGUCUGAGGGAGCACCUUUGUGGCUAUUGUAUGUUUCCCUGGUGCGUACCUUUGACAGGUAUCUUAUAAUAUUAAAAAAAAUUGAGCAAAAACAAGAUGCGAAACAGAGGUUUCACUUGCACUUAUUUUCAAACCACGCUUAUGUAAAGUAAAACCCUCAUACCUAGCAUUAUCCUGUCCUUGCUUGUUGUCCAGAUCAUGUAGCUUCAAUGGCUUAUUUCAUAGUUUCAAAAUGUUUUGCUGCUAAAACGGGAUGUCCCAGCAGUGGAUAGAUGAGAGCCACACUGGUUGUUUAAAAAUGUCUUACUUUAACCUAGAAUAUCAAAAGUAGAUCAGAUUAAAGUAUAGUUAACAUUCACAAAUGAUAAAAUUACAUUUGAGACACAUUUUGUGAAAGUUGUACUCUUUGAGUCAUUUUGUAAUCUCUUGGGUAAUUCGGCAGAAAUCUGACGUUUUGAACAUACAACUGUCUCAUCUCUCUCACUGCUUGUAAAACAUUUCCUUAUUUAUACAAUAACUCAUUUUGUACAGUGUAUUAGAGGAGAGAGGUUUUGAUAUUUGGUUCGUUUGUUAGUUAGCUGGCUAGCCACUCGGUUACUUUUGUCUUCCUGUGCCAGAGUUGCUCAAGUCUCUGUAACUCUUGUUUUUUAUUAAAAAAAAAAAAAGUAUUUUCUUUCUUUGUUUUACUCUUAGAAUUUUAACAUGUCAAAUGUUCUUUUUUAAUUAAAAAAUAUGUUUUUUUUUAA